AUGCAUGGUCGAUUUAAUAUUGUACAAUAUUGUACUUCGCACUCGAUAUCAAACCCUAAUUUCGGUACCCACACGGGCCGAGGUCCCUGUUCUCCGCUCUCCGCACUCCCCGCAUUAAAAACCACCUCCAUCAUCCACCAUGUUUUUCUUCCAUCCACCAUGGCCUCUCAACCCCGGUAUAUAGCAAUCGCCCAACGCAAGCAGGCAGAGCUUGCUGCUGCUAUUCCUGCUCAAUGGCGCCUGCCCGCACAUCUGAUUCCUGAGGGAAUGCUUUCGAUUUCCGAGUCCAUCACCCUCGGCCCGAAAAGUUACCAACGCAUCAGUGUGUUAGAUGUUCCUCGGAAAUGCGGUCUGCUCACACCAAAAGAGUUGGAUAUUACUGAGAAAUACGAUGUGAGGGGGUUGGUCGCGGAGAUGAUUGAGGGUCGACUGAAGGCCGAGGACGUGGUGCAAGGGUUUUGCAAGAGAGCAGCCAUCGCUCACCAGCUUACUCGGUGUUUAACCGAACCCCUCUUCGACCGCGCUUUACAGCGAGCCCGCGACCUAGACACUCACCUCCAGCGCACAGGCAAACCAGUCGGACCCCUCCAUGGCCUCCCAGUAUCAGUGAAGGACACGUUCAACAUCCAAGGUGUCGACUCAAGCAUCGGACUAUCCGCAUUAGCAUUCCAGCCCGCACAAGCCAACGCCCCGCUCGUCGACCUGCUCCACUCCCUCGGAGCGAUAGUAAUCGCCAAGACAAACGUCCCCCAAACCCUCGGAACACUAGACAGUUGCAACCACCUCUUCGGGCGCACACUCAAUCCACUAAACCGCCAAUGGACAGCAGGUGGCAGCACAGGCGGUGAAGGCGCCCUCCUCGCCAUGCACGGCUCCAUGGUUGGCUUCGGCACGGACAUCGGCGGCAGCAUCCGCGUCCCGGCUAUGUGCCAGGGCAUCUACGGCUUCAAGCCUAGUACCGGUCGCGUACCAUAUGGUGGCCAGCAAGGUGGCCAAAUCGAAGGAAAGGGCCGGAUUGGGCUGCAGCCUGUUGCUGGGCCGCUGGCGCGCUCGGUGGCGGAUAUCAAUGCCGUCAUGGCGGAGAUCGUGCCUCGUGCAGAACUCUUCGGUGAAGAUGGUAUUCCAGGAUCUUGGGCACCGUCUAUGCCGGCUUCUCUGACUCGCAAUUUUACCGUCGGUGUGCUAAAAACAGACGGUCUUGUCACGCCCUUGCCGCCGAUUAUCCGGAUUUUGGACGAAGUCGCUAAUGCCCUCCGUCGCACGCCUGGCGUUGAGGUUGUCGAUAUCCCUCUUCCAUCAGUGCUGCCAAAAUGCCAAGGUCUCGCUGGUCGGUUGAUGGGCAUUGAUGGUGGAUCGCACAUGCUUGAUCUUAUCGAGAGCAUGGACGAGGAUUUGAUUCCGUGGCUGCAGGGCCGUACAAAGCGUGGCAAAGCCAUAGAUGUGACCCAGUUGAUGAAAUUGCAGGCUCAGCGUGCAGAUAUCGAGAAGGAGAUGCUGAAGAUGUGGACGCAAUCCAUUUCUUCUGUGGCUCGACGCGUGGACGCUAUCAUUUGCCCUGUGGCUCCGCAUCCAGUCCCGCAAAUGGAUCGAUACAAUGCUGUGGGGUAUACAUCGACCUUUGUGUUGCUGGAUUACCCGGCCGGUGUAGUCCCAGUUCGUCCGUUUUUGGAGUCAGAUCUUGAAGCCGGACGAGCGAUGGAGGCGCCUGUGUUGGGAAGUUGGGAUAAAGCCAACCGGCAGCUGUGGGACGAAAAAACAGUCGACCGCCGCGUAUACCUUGGAUCACCUCUCAGUGUGCAGGUUGUUACUCCCAAACAGCAUGACUAUCAGCUAUUCCAGGCAAUGGAAAUUGUUGAUCGUGCUGUACAGGGCCAGGGAGUUAUUACUAGUGCAAAGCUUUGA